GGAACCCCGUAGACAAGAUGGACAUGCAUACAAUACUAAGUAUUCAAGACUGCAGUAAUUUUCAGUGUCACCAGAAUGGAGAACACAAUCUGAGAAUCAUCAAGGUGAGAAACUGGUACUCUUACGAUGCCUCAAAGCCAGGCUCUUUACACAGCCAAGGUAGGUGAAACUGCUUGAAGGUAGAUGCAAACGCAAGUUCAGCCCACUCUGAAGCUGCCUCUAUGCAAGCUUCGAGCACCGACAGGAGGAGCUAAGCUGGAGAAUGUGGGGUACCUUUCAAUUGUACUUGCAGUCAUACUUUGCAAACUCGGCCUCGCAGACAGCACCAGCCUAUCUUGUAAUACCACCUCAGUUGAACAGCUAUUUCGCCCAUAUUUGCGCCAGCAGUGUUCGCAAUAUCUGCGUACCUCUAUGGAAGUGUCAACAUGUUGUCAUCCGCGGUGCACCAUGCCGCCAAGACCCUCAAGUUCAUACCGGCCCUGGGACGAAUAGCUUCAACAGCACUUUUACAACAACGCAUUAGCCCCCCACAUAACACCUCGAUCGCAGGGAGCUUGCCACGACGGCGCUGGAUACAGACGACGACGAAAUGGCGUCCAGUUCAAGUUCUUGACGAAUGGGUAGCCAAAGAAGCGCGCCCAAUCUCGCUCCGCCAGCUCAUGGUCUUCGGCCGCUCCCUGACCGAGUCGCGUCUCCUUUCGUCGGCCAACUAUGUGCGCACCGAACUGCCCACCCGCAUAGCCCACCGCAUCCGCGACAUGCAGGCGCUACCGUACGUUGUCGUGACGAACCCGCACAUCAGUGAAGUGUACGACCUGUACUACCAGGCGUUUGAUAGCUUUCGACGCGUCAAGGAGAUCAAGACGCUCGAGGACAACGAGAGGCUCUGUCAGGACAUUGCGCAGAUGUUGAGAGCACACUUGAGUGUGAUACCCAAGCUGGCCAUUGGUGUCUUGCAGUCUGCAGACCUUAUGGAUAAGGGAGAAUUAGACCGGUUUAUGAAUACCGUACUCAGAUCGCGAAUAUCCCGUAGAGUGAUUGCAGAGCAACACCUCGCUCUGACCGAAACCUUCAACUCGGACUGGUUUUCACCAGGCGCCAAACUUUCCGAAUCCGAGUUCAUUGGGGAAGUAUUCCUCAAAUGCGUUGCCAAAGACGUCGUAGAGCAGUGCGGUAAGGCUGUGCAGAGACUCGCCUGCACCGCCAAUGGACCAGAUACCAAUAUCCCCGAGAUCAGAGUCAGCGGACAUAUGGACGCAAAUUUCCCAUAUAUCCUCAGUCAUCUGCAGUACAUAGUGGGAGAACUGCUGAGAAACUCGGUCCAAGCUGUCAUCGACAAACAAAAGAGCACACAGCAGCACGUCAUAAUCCGAUUCUCUGAUCAGGGAGGCGGCAUUCCCAGAGAUAUCCUUCCAUAUCUUUGGUCGUUCAGCAAGGGACCGCAGAGCACGCAGCGCCUAGAAAACCUGACGCAAGUACCAAUGAUGGCGGCAACUCUGCAGGAGUUGCGAGUGGAUGGCAAUUUCAGCGGAUUGCAGGACGGCAAGAUCGGACAGGACAGUUCCCUCACCUCAUUAUCGACGAGACCACCAAAGCUACGGUUGGGCAUGGGUCUACCCCUGAGCAGGGUAUACGCCGAGUACUGGGCCGGAAAGCUAGAACUACACAGUUUAGAAGGCUACGGCGUGGAUGCGUUCCUGCAAAUCUCGAAGCUGGGCAACAAGAACGAACAGCUCACCACCAGAGCGACUAUGGACGCUGUAUAGGACGAGCUCUAUGAUGAGCUCUCGGGGGUUCAAUACUUCCCGGGUCU